GGAGACAAGUUGAGUCAACUUGAGACUGAUGUGGAACUCCAUAAGAGAAUCGUAGCGGCGGCUGAACGGCUUGCUAAGGACAAGUCCAUGAACAAAAGCGUGCGAAAGAAGAGGCAAAAGGACUUGGCCGCUGCAGCGAUGAAAUUGCGUGGGUUGGAGUUAGGUCUGAAUCAGAUGCGCUUGAGUGCUAGUAAACCCGAUGUGAGCACAAUGGAGAAUGGAAGUGGGGGAUCCUGGACAGCACUAGCGCAAGCGAAUGGCACUAGUACCUUGACCAGAGCAGUGGCCAAGUCAUGUCCCACGACGCCACGAGGAUCUGUGCCGGACCUGUGCACCCCCAACGGAGAAAAGAGUGACUACGAAGACGAUGAUCACGUCCAACGACGAGUACCAAGGCUUAAGCCAAUAAUCAACCCUUGCUCAGCCCAGUUCUUAAGCUCAACAUCUCGUCGCUCUCUCCAUCAGCGCUUCUCGGAAGCGUCGACGUCGAGUAACGGCUCGUUCGGACUGCCUCCUCGUGCGAACUCGCGACGUAGUGUCACCACCCGCUCCGUAACCAGUGACGAACUCGAUAACCCACUAAUCAACCACUCGGCUCAACCGCUUGCUGAACAUGCUCCCAUGUAA